UGCAUGAAUGAAUGCUUACAAACUACAGAACUCCUAGGAUUCUAGCUAUAUUGGGACAAUGGCUCCUGUUACUAACUUGCUUAAUGAGCUAAAUAUGAGCACUCUCUCCAAUCUUUUCCUGCUUUCUGUUCUCUUGCUUACUAUUUUCAAUUUUUUUUCAAUUUUAAGAUCAGGUGAGAAACUAAAAUCGCCGCCAUCCCCAAGAAGGUUACCCAUAAUCGGAAACCUCCACCAGCUAGGUACACUCCCACACCGUUCUCUUCACACUCUCUCAAAGAAGUAUGGCCCUCUAAUGUUAUUGCACUUGGGCCAAUUUCCAACACUAGUAGUUUCAUCGGCAGACAUGGCCAAGGAAAUAAAGAAGACUCAUGACAGUGUUUGCUGUAACCGUCCCCAAUUUACAGCUACAAAUAUAUUACUCUAUGGAUGCAAAGACCUAGCGUUUUCUCCUUAUGGAGAGUACUGGAGACAAGUUCGGAAACUCUGUGUUGUUGAACUUUUGAGCUUGAAAAAAGUGCAACAAUUUCAAUACGCAAGGGAAGAAGAAGUUGCAAAAUUGGUCAAGAAGAUACGCAAAGAAUGCCUCAGUGAGUCUCCUAUUGAUCUGAGUGACAUGCUGAAAAAGACGUCCAACAACAUACUAUCUAGUUGUGUUAUUGGAAAAAGGUUUGCAGAGGAAAAUGAUAAUUGGUUUGGAGAGGCAUCAAGAAGGUUGAUGGUUCAACUAAUGUAUUUCAGUUUUGGAGAUUUCUUCCCUAGUUUGAGAUGGAUUGACAAUCUUAGAGGAUUCAUUGCACGUUUGAAAGCAACUUCUGCCGAAUUAGAUGGAUUCUUUGAUAAGUUGAUUGAAGAACACAAGGCUAUAAAGAGAGAAUGUGAACUCAAAACAAGAGAUUUUGUGGAUAUACUCCUCAAAUACGGAAAGAAUGAUGCGCUGAACUUGGAUCUCACUCAAGAUAACUUAAAAGCAAUCAUACAGGACAUGUUUAUUGGAGGAAGUGAUACAACAUCAACAACUUUGGAAUGGUUAAUGGCAGAGCUUGUCAGAAAUCCAAAUGUGAUGGAAAAAGUCCAACAAGAGGUAAGAAGAGUGGUAGGACAAAAGGCAAAAGUAGAUGUGGAUGAUAUCAAUCAAAUGGACUACUUAAAAUGUGUCAUCAAAGAAACUCUAAGAUUACAUCCCCCAACCACUCUUAUACAUAGGGAAACAACCAGAGCUGUAACAUUGGGAGGUUACUAUAUCCCCGCGAAAACAAGAAUACUUGUCAAUACAUUUGCAAUCCAAAGGGACCCCACAUUCUGGGACAAGCCAGAGGAAUUCCUCCCGGAUCGAUUUGAGGACAACUUGAUUCACUUCAAUGGUCAGGACUUCCAAUUUGUCCCAUUUGGUGGUGGGAGAAGAGGGUGUCCCGGACAGGCCUUUGCGCUGGCUGCAGCUGAAUAUAUGGUUGCCAAUCUUCUGUAUUGGUUUGAUUGGAAGUUGACUAGUGGUAAUGUAUCGGUCGAGGCCGUAGACAUGAGUGAAGUGUAUGGACUCGUUCUCUAUAAGAAAGCUCCUCUUCGUCUUGUCCCCAUUCCAUUCUCCACUUGAUCCCCUCAUCCAGAAGUUUCCUAUGUAAAACAGAAUUAUAUUUAAGCGCAUCUUUUUUC